GUUGGAUUUUUUCCCCGCGAAAGAGGCGGCAGCGCGGGACGGUGUGCGCCAUGCAGCGGCGCAUCACGUCGUUCUUUGUGCCUGCCCGCUCGCCAGACCCCUGCGCUGUGCUGGCACCUGCACUGGAGCAGGGCGAGGACCCUGUGCAGGAAUCUCCAUCCCUGGGACAUCAGGACCAUGAUGGGCAGAACCCUGGCUCCCCAUCCUCCUGUCAGCUGGCUGCUGCGUCUCUGGAUAGCUCUUCUCCUGACAGCGCCUCCUCAGCUGAAGAUAGCCCCUCAGCCGCUGAUGACUCCUCUGCCUCCCUCCCUGGCAUCCCCCGGCGCAGGACAGCUCGUAAGCAAGUCUCCAAGCGCAAAAUGAAGCUGGCAAGCUGUGUGGAGAAUGGGCAUGACGUGGAGCCCGAUCCCAAGCGGUGGAGGGAAGAGCCAGGAGACGGGUGUGAAUCAGAUAGCACGGAGAUGCAGGAUGGGAGAGAUCAGAGCCCAGAGGAGGCUGAGGAGGCAGAAGAUGGCAACAGAGACAGGGAGGUCCAGACGUCAGAGUUGCCGAAGCCCAGCAAAGCUGUUGCUGACUUCUUUGCCCCCAGGAAGGGAUCAAGGACAAAGGCAGAGGAAAAUGAAGCCCUGAAGAUGUCAGCCCCCAAAGGUUCAGCCUCUGCCAGUGUUGAAGGCACCAACGGGACUGCAAGCAGUCUCUCCCAGGUUGCUGAGCCUCUGGAUCCGGCCCAGUACAACCCAUCCAAGAGCAACUAUCACCCUAUUCAUGAUGCCUGCUGGGCUCCCGGGCAGAGAGUCCCCUACCUGGCUGUGGCUCGUACCUUUGAGCGCAUUGAGGAAGUCUCUGCCCGCCUGAAGAAUAUUGAGACCCUGAGCAACUUCCUGCGCUCAGUCAUUGCCCUGUCACCAUCUGACCUCCUGGCCUGCGUCUACCUCUGCCUGAACCGCCUGGGCCCUGCCUAUGAGGGGCUCGAGCUGGGCAUUGGAGAGAGCAUCCUCAUGAAGGCUGUUGCACAGGCCACAGGCCGCCAGCUAGAGAAGAUCAAGAGCGAGGCCCAGGAGAAGGGGGAUCUAGGGCUGGUGGCUGAGAGCAGCCGCAGCAACCAGCGGACCAUGUUUGCGCCACCCAAGCUGAGCGCUGCUGGGGUCCUCAGCAAGCUGCAGGAGAUGGCCAGGAUGACGGGCAAUGCCUCAAUGAACAAGAAAAUUGAUAUCAUCAAGGGGCUCUUUGUGGCCUGCCGCCACUCCGAGGCUCGCUACAUUGUGCGGUCACUGAGCGGGAAGCUGCGCAUUGGGCUGGCGGAGCAGUCAGUACUGGUGGGUUUGGCCCACGCUGUCUCGCUGACUCCCCCAGCACAAGGGUGGCCCCUAGCAGUCGUGGAUGCCAGCCAGGGCAAGUCUGCAGAAGCACGUAAAGCCUGGCUGGAAGAGCAGAGUCAGAUCCUCAAACAGACUUUUUGUGAGCUGCCAAACUAUGCUGUCAUCAUUCCUGUGCUUCUGGAGCAUGGGCUGGAGAGUCUGCCCCUGCACUGCAAGAUCACCCCAGGGAUCCCCCUGAAGCCCAUGCUGGCCCAGCCCACCAAAGGCGUUGGGGAGCUCCUGAAACGCUUCGAGGAGGUGGCCUUUACCUGCGAGUACAAGUAUGAUGGCGAGCGAGCCCAGAUCCACAUCCUGGAGAAUGGGGCCGUGUACAUCUACAGCCGCAACCAGGAGAACAACACCUCCAAGUACCCCGACAUCAUCACCCGCAUCCCCAAGGUGAAGAAGGCCAGUGUGCAGUCGUGCAUCCUGGAUGCAGAGGCUGUCGCGUGGGACCCAGAGAAGAAGCAAAUCCAGCCGUUUCAGGUGCUGAUGACACGGAAGAGGAAGGACGUGGAGGCUGCUGAGAUCAAAGUGCAAGUGUGCCUGUACGCCUUUGACAUGCUGUACCUCAAUGGGGAGUCGCUGGUGAAGGAGCCCUUCUCCAAGCGCCGACAGCUGCUGCGUGAGUCCUUCGUGGAGAUGGAGGGUGAAUUCCUCUUUGCCACCUCCAUGGAUGCCUGCAGCACUGAGGAAAUCUCUGAAUUCUUGGACCAGUCCAUCAGGGACUCCUGCGAGGGCCUCAUGGUGAAGACGCUGGACAUGGAUGCCACCUAUGAAAUUGCAAAGCGAUCCCACAAGUGGCUGAAGUUGAAGAAGGAUUACCUGGAAGGAGUGGGGGAUACGCUGGACUUGGUGGUCAUCGGUGCCUACCUGGGGAAGGGCAAGCGUGUGGGCAUGUAUGGGGGCUUCCUGCUGGCGUGCUAUGAUGAGGAGAGUGAAGAGUACCAGAGCAUUUGCAAGAUUGGGACUGGCUUCACAGAGGAGAGCCUGGAGAAGCACUAUGACUUUCUCAAGGAUCACGUCUUGGCCCAGCCACGGCCCUACUACCGCUGGGACAGCGGAGCAGCGCCCGACCAUUGGCUGGCAGCUGUGCAGGUUUGGGAGGUGAAGUGUGGUGACCUCUCCAUCUCCCCUGUCUACAAGGCAGCUGUGGGCCUGGUGGAUGAGGAGAAAGGCAUCUCGCUGCGCUUCCCCCGUUUCCUGCGUGUACGGGAGGACAAGAAGCCGGAAGAGGCCACCAGCAGCUCUCAGGUGGCUGAGCUGUACAAGAAGCAGCAGCAGAUCCAGAACCAGCAGCUCACUGAGAAAGGGGAGGACGAGGAUUUCUACUAACAGCAUGGCUGGUGUGGAGACCUCAUGCCUGGGGUACAUGCGUAGCUCUGGGACAGGGACUUUGGGAUGCAAAUGUGACUCCCUCCACAAUGCAGAUCUCAGGGUCUGACCCUGCUUUUCCCUGGGGUAUAUAUGCAACUCUGAAUGGGGACAGGGAUCCUGGGACCAGGUCUCACUCCAUCCCUGGCAUCUGUGUGUGACUCCCUGCUCUGGGAAGGGGAUCCCAGGGUCUGAGCCUCCUGAGAGUGCUCCAUCUCUGGAGUACACCCACGGGACAGCGUCCUCAAAACCUCACCUUGCUCCAUUGUAUGUGGUUUCUCUCCAGGACAGGGACCCCGGGAUUUGUCCUCAGGGUCCCCACAUGCCUCCUGCUCCAGGCCAGGGCUGUACACCCACUCCCCAAUAAACACUGCUGCUGUGCCUCCACGCUCUGCAUCUGACCAGGGGCAGCACAGCAAAUGCC